AUGGCAUCUGAUCGUAAAGCAGAUUCGAAAUUGACAGACAGAAUUUGUUCAGUUUUAACGAAAGGAAAGCAAUACAGAGCUUUAGAAAUUGCCAAAGCUGUUGGAUUACAGAAAGCCUCGGAUGUGAACAGUGUUUUAUAUGCACUAUUCAAAUCAGGACGCCUUUCCAAAACCGAUUCACAGCCACCUUUGUGGUCUUUGGGAAAACCGGAGGAAACAACAUCACCUGCAUCACCUACAGCAGCAAAGAGUAGCGACAAGAAGACAGUCCAUGAAAACGAUAUUAUGAAUGUAUUCACAGAAACGUCAGAAAACGACAGAAAAGCAUUGAAAGCUUCUCAGAUUGCCAGCAGGCUCGGUGAAUCACGAUCUACAGUAAACAAAGUACUGUAUGACAUGAGUCGUAAUGGAGUGGUAAAGAAGUCAGAAGAAAAUCAGUGGUCUCUGGUGAAUGGAGAAAAGAAUCAAAGUGAAAGGAGUGACAACCAAAACAAGACAAGGAAGACUUCGGAGUAUGGGUUCAGCCGUAACUUUGAUGUGAUCCAGGCACUGGGAUCUGGAGGCUAUGGGAGUGUUGUUAAAGUGAAACAUAAAGUGGAUGACAAAUUCUAUGCUGUGAAGACAGUACAAUUCACAAAAGAGGCUGACCGUGAAGUGAAGGCCCUGGCAAAACUGGAUCAUCCCAAUAUUGUCCGUUACAUCACCAGCUGGCCAGAGUCUGUCCACUGGAAGGACAACAGCGAAUUAAAGUCAAUAAUCCACAGUGAAGCUUCCUAUGAUGGUGCCUACAGCUCUGAUAUAGAGAAAGAACUUCAUGAAAUGCAUAUAUCAGAACCACCUGAGACAGACACUGAAGGCUCAUCCGGGAUGGAAGCAUCAGAAUCAUCUGGGAUUCUGGAAGAGUCUGGAACAUCUGGGGCAAAAAUGUCGCACUCAUAUGAAAGCGAUAGCCAAGAUCUAGUUCCAUUAAAUGAGGAUGAGCCCUACCUGUAUAUUCAGAUGGAGAUCUGUGAAAAAGGGACGUUAUCUACCUGGUUAAAGGAGAGAAAUAUGGGGACUACACCAAGGAAAACACAGGAGAUCUUCAAAAUAUUUCAACAAGUUGUGACAGGGGUGGAAUAUAUACAUUCAAAGGGACUGAUUCACAGAGACUUAAAGCCAGAUAACAUAUUAUUUGGCGACGAUGAUGCAGUUAAGAUUGGAGACUUUGGGCUUGUGACUACAGUGGCGGAUGAAAAUGGCGGGCCAGUGGAGAGAAGUAGGAGAAGGGGAACACUGUCCUACAUGAGUCCUGAACAGAAGGAAAGCGUGAAUUAUGAUGAGAAAACAGACAUAUUUCCUCUUGGACUGAUUUGUUUUGAGCUUCUGUGGAAAAUCUCCACUUACAUGGAGAAAGAUAAGAUGUGGGAAAAUGUGAGGAGUCAAGCGUUUCCCCGAGAUUUUUGUGAGAAAUACCAAUCAGAGAGUAAAUUCAUCGAAGGGAUGCUUGCCAAAAACCCAUCAGAACGACAGAGUGCCAAAGAAACUCUGGAGUCUUUGAAAAACUGGUUUUCUGCCAGGACAUGA